AUGUCAAGCGCAUCCUAUCUUGAAGAAAUACCUCGAGCAGAGCCGGGAUUAUUAAUUGACAACAAGAUUAUCAUCUUUGAUAGUCUCGACUUUUUAACUACUCAUACGUUUUCUUUUGACCUUUCUAAAGAUUGGGAUACAUCUACACCAGAAUUUAUAAAAAUUGAUAAUUCGGGUUCUGCACCGAUGUUUUAUUUAACUGCCUUUAGCGCACAGAAAAAAGACAACCACUCAGUAAUAUAUGCUUUUGGUGGGGGUAUUCCAAACAACGGAAAUCGUUCAGAUCUUAUUGUCACAGACGACUUUUAUAAAAUUGAUGUCAGCACUUCGCCCUUUUCAUUUUUGCGAGUAGAUUCCUCUCUUCAAGCUCGAAGUUCCCUGUCUUCUGUCAUUGAUGACAAAGGAAAACUUUAUAUAUGGGGUGGAAAUACUCAAUAUAUAGAUAAAACUAUGUAUAUAUUUGAUACUUUUGGUUCAACAUGGAACCAAAUUCUACCUUCUUCUGGUUAUGUUCCAGAUCAAAGAAAACGUUAUUCUUCAACUUUUAAUGAUGGCAAAAUUUAUUAUAUUGGAGGCACUUAUCUAAAUCAUGAAGUUGCUGAUAUUCGACAAAUUUUGAUAUAUGAUACGUCCAAUAAGAAUUCUCCGUGGUCUUUAAAAACUGCAACAAAUGAAACAAAAAUUAGCAACCGUUUGGAUCAUGCAGCAGUUCUUGCUCCUGAUAAUCGAAGUAUUAUUAUAUUUAGUGGCAUAACAACACUCAAUUAUUCACUAGAUUAUAGAUUAUCUGAUUACUUGAUUACUUUGAAUCUCGAAACAUUUGAAUUGUCAGAGCUUAAAACUCUAAACCAACCUAGCUUUUAUGAUAUACCAUUUCGUAGUACGGCUAUUAUAUAUAAUAAUUUCAUGAUCGUAGCUUUCGGCUUAUACGGUACUAAAAGCCCUACUCGAAAACUUGUAAAACUUUUGGAUUUAUCUCAAAAGGAUUAUAUUUGGGUUGAUGA